AUGGAUGCUCGUUACAUUCUUGGUAAGUCAAAACGUAGAGCUCUUGAUGUUACAUAUUCUCAUCAUUUUCGGGUUGAAAGAUUUUGUGUUGUUAUUGAUUUGCAACUUCAAGAGCUUAAUAAUUAUUUCAACGUUGUGAGUACUGACUUACUUUUUGGUAUGGCUUGUUUACAUCCAGCUAAGUCAUUUGCACUUGUUCGAGGUUCUGAUGAAAGAUUUUUCAAUACGAAGGAAAUUACUAAUCUUGCUAAAGCAUUGGUUGAAUCAGAAUUACAUCAGACUUGGCCUCUUAUUUAUUCGCUCAUCAAUUUUACUCUCAUUCUUUCCGUUGCUAUUGCUUCUGUGGAAUAA